UAUGUGGAGACAGUGUCACUGAGGAAGCUGAGUAACUGUAUAGGACAGAAACAACUUGGUAAAGCUUCUUCCCUCUAGGUUUUGGUUUCCAGAAGAUAACAGACUCUGGCAAUAGGAGCAAAGCUAAGAGUAACGGGUGCUGCCUCUAAGAAAUAUGAAAUCAACCAGUGUCACAGACUGCUGACCAUAAGGACAUAGUUGGGGAACAAAGCACGCGACGCUUGAAACUGGUGGGAAAGAUGCAACAAAACCAAGCCUAGGAAGCCGUUUCCCCUGCUAUGAUGCCAGGGCAGAUCCCCGACCCGUCGCUGACGGCUGGCGCGCUGCCUGGGCUGGGCCCCUUGACAGGACUGCCUGGCACAGCCCUGACUGCCGAGGAGCUGAAGUGCGCCGACAUCCGCAACAUCGGGGCCAUGAUCUCGCCGCUCCAGUUCCUGGAGGUGAAGCUUGGGAAGAGACCCCAGCCUGUCAAAAGUGAGCUGGAUGAGGAAGAGGAGAGGAGGAAAAGGCGCCGGGAGAAAAACAAAGUAGCAGCAGCACGAUGUCGUAACAAGAAGAAGGAGAGGACAGAGUUCCUGCAGCGGGAGUCUGAGCGUCUAGAGCUCAUGAAUGCUGAGCUGAAGGCCCAGAUAGAAGAGCUGAAACAGGAGAGGCAGCAGCUCAUCCUGAUGCUGAACCGGCACCGUCCCACCUGCAUCGUGCGGACAGACAGCAUCAAGACGCCUGAGAGCGAAGCCAACCCACUGCUGGAGCAGCUGGAGAAGAAGUGAAGGUGGCACAGGGCCAGGAGGAGGAGACAGUGGCACAGGGUCUUCCAGGGUCUCUCAUGUAUGUACUGUACGAAGAGCUGUGCACCCAGGCCUGGUGCAGCCAGGACCCAGUGGGCUUCCUUGGGAAUUAUGGACCAAACAUGGGAACUGAGG